AUGGAUUCAAAAGUUGGCAACCAGUUUGUACCUGGUACUAGUCCCCUAAUGAGACACAAACUUACCGUGGCUGAAGCCGCUGCUUGUAGAGGAUCUGUUUACUGCUGGGACGAGACUCCAAAAUCUGUCGAUUUCACAAUUGCAAUUCGUGCCCUGACAAACCUUAUAUCGAAUGUGUCCAUAUCAGCUGCUCACCAGGCCAAUCAACGUGUAUAUGAUCUCUAUGAUAAAGUGCUCAUCUUAUUUGAUGGGCAUGAGAUUUUUUUUGGUAGGUCCGAUGCUGCUCAUACAUAUUUUGAGAGACUAGGCUACGCACCAUCUGCUACUGAGACUACAGACGACUUCCUAGCCCGAAUAGCAUCACGAGAUGUAAACUGCCAGCACCGUCCAGUCCAAGAGUCUAAAGAGCUCGAAACCCAUGAAAAUCCCCUAAUGAGACCUCAGGAACUUGAAAGAGCAUGGAAAAGUUCUCCUGAAUAUGCCAAGCUCAUCGAAGAAAUUGAUCAGCACAGAGCCAAACAUACUUCAGAUGCUAAGUUCACCGGUCCUUUAUACAGUAGAAGUUAUUUGCAUCAGCUCAGACUUGGAGCAAAACGCGGAUAUCAAAGAAUUUUGGGCGAUAAAAUGUUCCAAAUAACUCAGUUCCUCCUAGGAAUUUUCAAUGCCCUGGUGCUGGGACCGUUGUUUUUUAAUCUAAAUCCAACCACUGUGGACGCAUUUUCAAAAGGUGGUGGUCUAUUCUUUGCUCUAGUUUAUAACAUCACAAUCGCUUUGAUAGAGGUCGCCGUAAUCAUGAACAAUCGACCGAUUUUGCUUAAACAGAGGCGAUAUUACUUUAUUCGCCCAUCUGUUGAGAAUUUUCAUAGAGUAAUUACCGACCUCCCAUUCCGAUCCAUUGGCGUGUUCUUAUUUGCACUUCCUUAUUACUUUUUGUCCAGUUUCAGACUGGCUGCUGGCCAUUUUUUCCUGUACUUGUUCGUAGUCGAACUUACCACAUAUGCUUUUGUCAGCUAUUAUCAGAUGAUGGCCAGUAUAAUUCGCGUACCCGAAGUUGGCUCCGUAGUUGUUGUUCUUAGUGUGAUAUUUUUCCUCUCAUAUUCGGGAUAUAUGAUACCAACAACGUUUAUGCAUCCAUGGUUUAGAUGGCUAAAUCGAAUUGAUCCAAUGGCAUACGGUUUUGAAAUUUUACUUUUAAAUGAAUUUCAUGGCCGAAACAUGACUUGUGGUCUAGUUGCACCCAGUGGGCCUGGCUAUGAAAAUUUGGGCCCUCCUUACCAGUCGUGUGUUAUGGCUGGUGUACUACCUAAUCAAGUCUUUGCUGUCGGUGAUUCGUAUAUGGCAAAUAUAUUUGCAUAUACAUGGUCUCAUGUUUGGCGAAAUGUAGGGAUUAUAAUUGCCCUCUGGCUGUCUUUUCUUUUAAUUGGAGCUCUUGGUUCUGAGCUUUUUGCUCAUGCUCCAAGAGGGUCGCAAAAACACAUCUUAUUCAAGAAUCCUGACCGUCAAGACCAGAAAUCGCUGGACGACCUGCCGUCUAGUGGCGCUAUCAACAGAUCUUCUAACAUUUUUGAAAAAAGAGACACCUCGUAUACCUGGCAACAUAUAUCCAAGGAAGGUCUCUUAGAUGAUGUAUCUGGGUUUGUACAAUCUGGACAGAUGACUGCAAUUAUUAGUGAGAAUCUAAUGUCCCUAACAGCUUUGACAGAAUUGCUGGCUCUUCGGUCUCCGACAUCGGAUUCUGGUAAUAUCCGUCUUAAUGGAAGUGACCCCCGCUUGUCAAAUUGUAUAGGCUUUGUACAGGCUGAUGAUGACCAUAUCUCGUAUCAGACUGUGAGGGAAGCUUUACAAUUCUCUGCUCGACUAAGGUUACCAUCAACAAUGCCUGAUUCUAAAAAAAUGCAAAUAGUUGAUAGAGUCAUUGCUGAUUUGGAUAUGUACGACAUGGCUGAUGCGUUAGUAGGGAAAGAAGGAGGCACUAACAGUUUACCCGCUUAUCAUCGUAAGAAGCUAGCUAUUGGAGUAGAGAUGGUAGCCCUUCCUGAUGUUUUGAUAGUAGAUCUACCUACUAAUCGUCUCGAUACUGUAGAAUCUCACAAAUUUGCAAUACUACUGACUUCUCUAGCUAGGGAUAGUGGUGUAGCUAUUAUUUCUUCUCUAUGGGAUCCCUCAUCUAGCCAACUUGAUUACUUUGAUAAUGUUCUCUUACUAGACCCAUCUGGUGGAUGCUCAUAUUUUGGUAAAGUUGGCCAAGACCUAAGAGAAAUUCUUCGCUAUUUCAACCGAUCAUCUUGUGAUCCCUACCGUGGCGAAAACCUGGCUGGUACUACUGACUUCUUGCUACAAACGGUACGCAACAUGGACUCGUGUGGAGCACACGAAAUGAGGUCUGCAUGGUCGACGUCAAGAGAAAAGGCUGUGAUGGACGCUACGAUAGUAGAAUUGAAUGACUCCAGGCACGCGACUCCCAUGAUCCCCCACAACUCACCAAACUCAUAUAUGAGAAACUUUGGGCUUGUGUUUAAGCGUACUGCCAGAGCUUAUUGGAGAACUCCCAGGUACUUUUUUUUCAAAGCAUUUUCAUUUGCGCUGAUUGGUUUAUUUGUUGGCUUCACUUUUUACAAAGCUGGUAAUACUGCUGGCGGUCUUCAAAAUGGUGUUUUUGCAUUUUUUUUUUCAAUCGUCGUAGACCCUGCUAUGGCGGCUAUGAUUCACGACCAAGUAAUGCCUAUAAGAGAUCACUAUGAACGUGGUGAAAAGAACUACAGGCAGACUUAUCACUGGAGCUGUCUCACCUUUUCUGUCUUGAUUUGUGAGGUUGCUGUCCACAUUCCCCUAUCAACGCUGACAUUCCUUGGUUUGUAUUAUCCCACACACUAUACAUCCCAACCAGGCUAUUUCUACUUUGUGUACUGUAUCCUAUUUCAGCUGUAUGUGGUCAGCAUUUCUUUGGGCAUCACUUUCAUGUCUCCAGAUAUCAUGUCUGCCAACAACCUGUCUUCAACCGCAUUCAAUUUGACUGUUAAUUACUGCGGUGUACCUCAAAGACCAAAUCUUAUGACUGGUCUUUACAGGUUCUUGUAUAGAGUGUCUCCAUUGUCAUACUUUGUUCAAGCAUACUCCAUUGCCUUCUUCCAUGAAUUACCAGUUGUUUGUAAACCGCAGGAGUACACGGUGUUUAGUACUAUUGCCGGGAAAACAUGUCAAGAGUAUGCCGGCCCGUUUAUAGCUGCCAAUGGAGGAUAUCUUGCAAAUCCUGAUUCAACUAGCACCUGUCAGUAUUGCCAGUUUGCUGUGGGCGAUGAGUUUAUGCAUGCUAAUUUGAGCACUGGUAUUGGCGACAAGUGGCGUAACGUUGGGAUCAUUUUCGCAUACAUUCUUUUCAAUAUUGCUGGAGCCCAAUUAUGUUACUUUAUUUUCCGAGUCGUUAAGUGGCCCUCUUUUCUUAAGAAAAUUAGCUUUAUCGGCAGACAGUUUGUGUUUGCAAAGAAGAUUCACGACGAUUAA